AUGAACGAAGGUCCAGCAGCUCCAGCUCCCGCUCCCUCAUUGGCUGCGCCCCGCUGCCAUGGCGACCGCGGCCCGCGUCGCCGUAGCAACCGCCUCUGCAACCCGACGCUGAGAAGAGGCGGCGGCCGCAGGGACGGGGGGAAGAUGAUGUACCCCAACAGAAUCCGGGAGGUGAAGGGUCCCACUCCUCACUCCGUGGCGCUGAAAGCCAAGCUUCCUUUAGCCAAACCUAGAGACCAUGACGUCUUGAAAAGCAGACACGAUGAACAGAUCUUUGCAGCUAAUUUGGCCUCUAUGAAGAAGACUGAACAACAGUGUCUGAAGAAUGAAUGGCAACGCCACAGCGACCGCAGAAUUUUUAAUAAGUCUUUGCAGAUGAAGGUCGAUCAAGCAAUGCAGGGGGUUUUGAUGGAUACUGAAGCCAGGAGAGAGAGGCUUCGAGAACUCCUGGCAGCCGAAGAAAAGGAGUUCUUUGUGGAAAUGGAAUCAAAAGAAGAAACAUUUGAGGACAGAAAACAGAAAAUGAGAGAACGAGCUACUUUUUUAUUAGAGAAAAAAGAAAAAGAGAGACAGAAACUAGUUGCUGAGAAACGGGAUCAACAGUUCAGAGAAGACUGUGAGACGCUGCGUGAAAUCUUGAAACAGACCAAUGCUAAGGAGGUAGAUGCAGAUAGGAAGGUCCAGCUGGCACUUAAAGAGGAACUGAAGAAACAAAAGCAGAGAGAAGAAGAGCUAUUCAGAGAGCUCUGGGAAGAGGACAGAUUAGCCAAGGACAGGCGAGAAGCUGAAGAGGCUGAGAAACGAGCGAGAAAAGGGGAAAAAAACCUUCUUGAUUUGAAUGCCCAAAUAGCCGAACAUCAAGCUCAAAAAAGAGAAGUCCAGCGCCGGAAGGAAGAAGAGGCCCAAUUACUGGAAGAGGAAAGAGCAUCGAUUAAACUAGAGGACGAGAAAGUUCAGAAGGAGAAGAUGCGGAAACAGCAGGAAAUCAGAGACAUGUUCGACCAAUCAGUCCGAGAGAAGAUGGAACGGGUUCAACGGGAACAGCAAGACGAGCUUAAUUUAGAUAUGGAGCUUAUAGGACAGGCUCUCCAAGGAUUAGAGUCAGAAGCUGAGGAAAAAAGACAAAAAAGAAAGGUUCUGCAUAAGGAACAGAAGCUCUAUCUCGAAUACAAGGCCCAGCUACUGGAACAGGAGAAACUUCAGGAGAAAGAAUUGGAACAAAUAGUGAAAGCAGAGAUGGAGAGGUCAUGGGCAAAGAAGGCCGAGCAAUUAAGACUGGCAAAGGAAGCAAGAAAAGAACUAAUGAAAGACAUUAUGGAUACCCGGCAGCUGCAAAUUCAAGAAAAGUUGGAAAUAAAUGCAAAAAAACAAGAAGAACUAGCUCAGGAGCAAGAACAAUUUGAGGAAAGUCUUAAAAAACUAAACUAUGAAGAAAUGGAACAUAAUGCAAGACGAGCGCACCUGGCCAUGGAGUACCGGGAGCAUCUACAAGCUCAAAUAGCCCACCAGGAGCAGGCCCGGACCACAGCCAAAGAAGAGGAACGGAGAGAAUAUGAAGAGGGUCUACAGGCAGAGAAGGCUUAUCACGAGAAAAUUAAACAAGUUAUUUUGAACCAAGAUAUUAGUCCUAAAAACAUCCAUCCCAUGCGAAGAACAACUUUUGCUGAAUUUCCAACAUCGUCUUGAAAUCAAUAUUACUGAUUGAUUUUUAGUUCACUGUUCCAAUAUAUCUAAAUAUCCUGUAGUUGAUUUGUAACUCCCUCCUACCUCACGGAUGAACUUUCUAUUCUUCCAGCUUUUCCGUGAAGUUCUUUUUAAAUAACAAAUCCCAGAAAUUGUUUUCUUUUUCAUUAAAUGAGUGUUUGCUCCUCUGUGUAAAUUGGAGAAGGUAUUACGUUUUGAAAAACCAAGUUUUAAAAGGCAUUGAAUUCUGAUCGAGGAUGAUGGAAAUAUUAUUUAAUUAAAUAUUAUAUAUUUUGUCCGACCAAGAAUACACAACUGAGGUGAAAAAUGGAAA